AUGAGGGAGACACAGAGACCAUAUCUAAAUUUAGAGACACGAAAUUGAAAGUCCCCAUGUCCGACUCUGUAGGAUCUUUGAUCCAGUCUUGUCUCUUCACAACCUCUCUUUCUCUUCUUUUUCUUCUAUUUUUACUUCCUUCAACUCCCAUUUUACUCCUUCAUUUUCUUUUCUUUCUUUCUUUCUUUCUCCUCAGUAUACGUAAGACAGGAAAAGAUGGCAUUUGGGAAGGGACGUGGCAACAAGCGAGCUUCGACGUCUUCCUAUGCGUCGACCAUUACAAUGAUCAUCUUUGUGGCUCUAUGUGUUAUCGGUGUGUGGAUGCUUUCUUCCAACUCUGUUAUUCCACCGCAGAUCACACAAGGUUCCACUCGAACGGUCGUCUCAGAGACGGAGAGGAGUGAUGUGUCUGCCUCUUCAAACGGUAACGAUGAACCCGAACCCACAAACAAAGAGUCUGAAGAGCAACCGGCAUUCGAAGACAAUCCGGGAAAGCUUCCAGAAGAUGCCGUUAAGUCUGAAGACGAGCAGCGGAAGUCAGCCAAAGAGAAGAGCUCAAAGGCAGGAGGAGAAGAGGGAGGAGGAAGACAAACUGAUCAAAAACAAGAAAACCAACAGAAGGAUGAAAAGGUUUCCGAGGAGAGAGAGAAAGAUAAUGGAAAAGAGAACAAGGUGGUGCAAGAGAAUGAUGAUGGUCAGGUGAAACAAGUGGUCAAGGAGUUUGAAAAGGAACAGAAGGAACAACGAGACGAGGAUGCUGGGACUCAAUCUAAAGGAACUCAAGAGCAAGAGCAAGGACAGGGGAAGGAACUGCAGGAUGUGGAACAAGGAAAGAAACAAGGGCAAGAUAUGGAGCAAGGAACCAAACAAGGGCAAGAGCAGGAUUCAAAUGCAGACGUGACAUUCACAGAUGCAACCAAACAAGAACAGCCUAUGGAAACGGGGCAGAGCGAGACAUCAGACAACAACAACUCAAAGAAUGAAGAAAAUGGACAGCAACAACAAGAGGAACAAAACUCCGGGAAUGAGGAAAACGGACAACAAAACGAGGAGAAGAACUCGGUUAGUGAAGAAAACGGGAAGGAAGAGAAGAGCAUGAAGGAUGAGAAUGGCCAGCAGGAAGAACAUAACACAGCAGAAGACGAAAGCGGAAACAAAGAAGAACAGAGAACAUCUAAAGACGACAACAUGGAGCAACAAGAAGAGCAGAAAGAUGAGAAAAGACAAGAGGGGUCAGAAGCGAGUGGGUUUGGCUCUGGAAUACCCAAAGAAUCUGCGGAAUCACAAAAGUCAUGGAAGAGUCAAGCAACAGAAUCUAAAGACGAGAAACAAAGACAGACAUCUGAAUCAAAUACUGUAGAGCGUAUAAUGGAUGGAAAUGCAUGGGUGUUGUGCAAUGCAACUGCAGGUACUGACUAUAUACCAUGCCUAGACAAUGAAGAAGCAAUAAAGAAACUACGGAGUAGAAGACAUUUUGAGCACAGAGAGAGACAUUGCCCAGAAGACCCACCAUCGUGUCUUGUCCCCCUUCCAGAAGGAUAUAAGGAGUCCAUCAAGUGGCCUGAAAGCAGGGACAAGAUAUGGUACCACAAUGUCCCACACACAAAGCUAGCAGAGGUGAAAGGACAUCAGAAUUGGGUGAAGGUUACUGGCGAGUUCUUGACGUUUCCCGGUGGUGGUACACAGUUCAUCCAUGGAGCUCUCCAUUAUAUUGAUUUUGUUCAGCAGUCUUUGAAGAACAUUGCGUGGGGAAAACGUACUCGAGUCAUAUUGGAUGUUGGAUGUGGAGUAGCGAGCUUCGGUGGUUUCCUCUUUGAAAGAGAUGUUAUAGCCAUGUCUCUAGCACCAAAAGAUGAACACGAGGCUCAGGUCCAGUUUGCUCUUGAAAGAAAGAUUCCAGCCAUUUCUGCUGUGAUGGGCUCUAAACGACUGCCAUUCCCGAGCAGAGUAUUUGAUCUUAUCCACUGUGCACGUUGCAGAGUCCCAUGGCACAAUGAGGGCGGUAUGCUUCUUCUGGAACUUAAUCGGAUGCUUAGGCCAGGAGGUUAUUUUGUGUGGUCAGCAACUCCAGUCUACCAGAAGCUUGAAGAAGAUGUUCAAAUCUGGAAAGAAAUGUCCGCGUUGACAAAAUCCUUGUGCUGGGAACUUGUGACAAUCAACAAGGAUAAGCUCAAUGGUGUUGGUGCUGCAAUCUACCAGAAACCUGCAACAAAUGAAUGCUAUGAGAAAAGAAAGCACAACAAGCCUCCGAUGUGCAAAAACAACGACGAUGCAAAUGCUGCCUGGUAUGUGCCCUUACAAGCAUGUAUGCAUAAAGUACCAACCAAUGCGGUCGAGAGAGGGAGCAAGUGGCCUGUGAACUGGCCCCGUAGGCUUCAAACACCUCCUUAUUGGUUAAACAGCUCUCAAAUGGGGAUUUAUGGGAAACCAGCUCCACGAGAUUUCACUACAGAUUAUGAACAUUGGAAACAUGUUGUAAGCAAAGUAUACAUGAAUGAAAUAGGAAUCAGCUGGUCUAAUGUGAGGAAUGUAAUGGACAUGAGAGCUGUCUACGGAGGAUUUGCAGCAGCUUUAAAGGACUUGCAAGUGUGGGUCAUGAAUGUAGUCAACAUAAAUUCACCAGAUACACUACCUAUAAUCUACGAAAGGGGUCUAUUCGGAAUAUAUCAUGACUGGUGUGAGUCUUUUAGCACAUACCCUCGAAGCUACGAUCUCUUGCAUGCAGAUCAUCUUUUCUCCAAGUUGAAAGCAAGGUGCAACCUAGUUCCAGUAAUGGCAGAAGUGGAUAGAAUAGUAAGACCAGGAGGUAAACUCAUAGUUCGUGAUGAGUCAAAUGUGAUAAGAGAAGUUGAGAAUAUGUUGAAGUCAUUGCAUUGGGAUGUUCAUCUAACUUUCUCCAAACACCAAGAAGGAAUAUUAAGUGCCCAAAAAGGAUUCUGGAGACCAAAUACUUCUCAAUGAUAAGUUCAGAAUCUGCAUUCGAAAAUAGCAGAAGCAUUAUAAUGCAUUUAUCACACCCAUAUAUAUAUAUAUCUAUAAUCCCAAAAAAGAUUCUUGCUUGUUGCAAGAAUUGGAUAAAGAAUUGUCCAGUAUAAGCAAUAGUGUUAGUAGUCUUCUUAAACUAUAGACUAAUUAGAACAACUUUUUUUUCCGGCUUCUACACAUUGUUCUUUA